AGCGCGCCGGGGACCGGGAGCCCGCGCCGGGCAGCCGGGCGCGCCGGGGGUGGGUCCCUCUCCCCAGCCCGGCUCUGCGUGGAAGAAGAGGGCGGGGACCGGCGCGGGGAGGAGAGCGGAGGAGGAGAAGGGGGCAUGACUCGUGCAACUUGCGGCGGGCAUCUGCCGAGCCUCUGAGCCGGCGGCCGCCCGGGGCCCGGAUUGCGUCCGCGCCGAUCCCACCCAGCCCACCCCGCCCCGGCCGACGGCUGAGGCUGACCUGGAUCUUCAGAGCGCCCGCCGGCCUGCAGGGAUCGCCUUCGUCUUCCGGGCUGCUUUCUGGAGCGCGAGGAGCGCUCUCCUCGCGGCCCCUCUCGCCGGACCCCCGGACCCCGAUGGCUCGGAUGGGGCUUGCGGGCGCCGCUGGACGCUGGUGGGGACUCGCUCUCGGCUUGACCGCCUUCUUCCUCCCAGGCGCCCACACCCAGGUGGUCCAGGUGAACGACUCCAUGUACGGUUUCAUCGGCACGGACGUGGUGCUGCACUGCAGCUUCGCCAACCCGCUGCCCGGUGUGAAGAUCACCCAGGUCACGUGGCAGAAGGCCAACAAUGGCUCCAAGCAGAACGUGGCCAUCUACAACCCGGCCAUGGGCGUCUCGGUGCUGGCGCCCUACCGCGAGCGCGUGGAGUUCCUACGGCCCUCCUUCACAGAUGGCACCAUUCGCCUCUCCCGCCUGGAGCUGGAGGAUGAGGGCGUCUACAUCUGCGAGUUUGCCACCUUCCCUGCCGGCAAUCGAGAGAGCCAGCUCAAUCUCACUGUGAUGGCCAAACCCACCAACUGGAUAGAGGGCGCCCAGGCAGUGCUUCGAGCCAGGAAGGGGCAGGAUGACAAGGUCCUGGUGGCCACCUGCACCUCGGCCAAUGGGAAGCCUCCCAGUGUGGUGUCCUGGGAAACGCGGCUGAAGGGUGAGGCGGAGUACCAGGAGAUCCGGAACCCCAACGGCACGGUGACCGUCAUCAGCCGCUACCGCCUGGUGCCCAGCCGGGAAGCCCACCAGCAAUCCCUGGCCUGCGUCGUCAACUACCACAUGGACCGCUUCCGGGAAAGCCUCACCCUCAAUGUGCAGUACGAGCCCGAGGUGACCAUCGAGGGGUUUGAUGGGAACUGGUACCUACAGCGGAUGGAUGUGAAGCUCAAGUGCAAAGCUGAUGCCAACCCCCCAGCCACCGAGUACCACUGGACCACGCUGAAUGGCUCCCUCCCCAAGGGUGUGGAGGCCCAGAACAGAACUCUCUUCUUCAGGGGACCUAUCAGCUACAGCCUGGCAGGAACCUACGUCUGUGAGGCCACCAACCCCAUCGGCACCCGCUCAGGCCAGGUGGAGGUCAAUAUCACAGAGUUCCCCUACACCCCGUCUCCUCGCGCACCCGGGCGGCGCGCCGGGCCGGUGCCCACGGCCAUCAUCGGGGGCGUGGUGGGGAGCAUUCUGCUGGUGCUGACCGUGGUCGGCGGGAUCGUGGUGGCCCUGCGCCGGCGCCGGCACACCUUCAAGGGCGACUACAGCACCAAGAAGCACGUGUACGGCAAUGGCUACAGCAAGGCCGGCAUCCCCCAGCACCACCCGCCCAUGGCCCAGAACCUUCAGUACCCUGAGGACUCGGACGACGAGAAGAAAGCCGGGCCCCUGGGCGGCAGCAGCUACGAGGAGGAAGAGGAGGAGGAGGGCGGAGGCGGCGAGCGCAAGGUGGGCGGCCCUCACCCCAAAUACGACGAGGACGCCAAGCGGCCCUACUUCACGGUGGAUGAGGCAGAGGCCCGUCAGGACAGCUGCUAUGGGGACCGGACUCUGGGCUACCAGUACGACCCUGACCAGCUGGACUUGGCCGAAAACAUGGUUUCUCAGAACGACGGGUCUUUCAUUUCCAAGAAGGAGUGGUACGUGUAGCCCUGUCUGCAGAGACCCUGCCCCAAGCCCGCACCCGCACGCCCCCUGCCCGCCCCCCACCGUCCACUGCUCCAGGAGCUCGGCAGAGACUCACCCAGCUGCUGGGGUACCUGGGAGCCCAGGGCACGCGGCCUGGCUUUGUUUUGAUUUCCUCCCUGCCUCCCCCCCAUCCUCCCCCAUGGUGUGUGUUCACUGUGGCUUCGGUGUUGCUGGUACCUUUCUUCCCCUGACCCCACCUGCCGCCCUCCGCAGGGAGCCCUAGUCCCGUCUUGUGUACCUAGACGUCCCUCCGGGGUUUGGGGAGCCAGCCCUCUCCUGCCUCCAACACUGGAAUUUGUCUGUGUCCUGUCUCUGCGGGUGGAGGGCUGAAGGGGCUCCAAGAGGAAAAGCCCGCUGCCGCCGACCCCAGAUGCUGCUCCUUUUUCCCUGGGAGAGGGAACCCGGCACCCCCUCCCCCAUCCCACCGUGAGCUGACCAGCUGGAGUUCGGACCCCCCCCCCACCCCGGUCUAGGCCGCCAUUGCACCCAAGGGGUAGGGGAGGGGGGGGUGGCUUUUCCAAAGCACCCAGGGUUGUCUUUGUUUGUUAAGUGAAUCAAGCUGAGGUCCCCACCUGAGGCCUUGGGCAGUGUGUUUUCCUGGCACAGUUAGUUUUACAUUUUUUUUCCUCAUUGGCCUCCAGAGAGUUAAGGUGGCCCAGCUCUGGUGUGUCCCUCCUCUUUACCCCAGUCUGCUCCCCACAUAGCGGGACUCCAGGUAGACUCUGGCCCACACUUCCCAUACACUUCUACCAACACGUAUGCACACUUAUACACACACACACACACACACACACACACACAUGCCACUCGUGUCUACCCCUGUGCUCCCCCUGGGGUCACAUGCCUUACCCAGGCUGGACACUGCCCAAGGCCCGCCUCUCUGCUCCACCUCUCCCCCUUCCUUCCAGCUGAGGAUGGGGCCAGCCUUCAGAAGCUUCCAGGGAGAGCUGAGACUAGGCCCUUCGGUGCCUCCACCCUAGGAUCUCAGGCUGGCUCUUAACCGCUUCUCAUAGCAUGGAAGUUUCUUGAAUUUCUCCCUAUCCAUCAAGUGCUAGCAACUCUUGAUUUUCUUGGGGAGUCAGAGCUGGGAUCCCAGAAGGGAAUUACCUCCAGGAGCUACAGGUGAAGGAGGAUCAAUGCAGAGGGCACCGGAGAAGGAAGCCCGCACAAUAGGAGCUCUGCAAACACAAGCUGAUAAGACCCUGCAGAGCGCAGGUAGCUCCUGGCCCACAAAGGCCAAUGUAGCUGCUCCGGGCCUGCCAGAAAGUGCGAGGGGCACGGGGAGCCAGGGAUCCUGAGUCCGAAGCUCCUGCUCGCCACCCUCCCCGUCCUGCUUCAGCUAUCCCUGGUCUCCAUUCUGGAUGAGGUGGGGAACCAUGGAGAAGCUUUCCCUUUGAGUUGUAGAUUCCCUUCUUGAAUGGGGUUCUGGGUUCCUGUCAAUCACCCGAGACUGAUGGUCUUCCCCAGGAUACCAUGGAGGAAGGCCCCUCCCAGCCCCUUCUUUGCUCCCCCAGCUCAAAGUGCCUCAGUUCCUCCAUUUGCCUACCCCAUCCCGCUAGCACUCUAGAUGGGAAAGACCCUGGGAUGGGAGAGGCAGGUUCAUGCCUGCCCAUGAGGAUUCCAGUGAACUUAGCCCAGGGUGCAGGGGCUCUGUGGGAUGGCAAGUGUUGGGGGGAGGAAGGCAGACCACUCUGUGCCCCACGGGCACCAACCUACCCUGCCAUAGGCUUCCCAAGGGAGCCCCCAGCCUCCCGCCCUACUCCUCCCCUCCCUGGUGCUGCUAUGGAACCCCCAGCCAGCUCCAUCUCUGCCCUGGCAACCCUGGACCCACCAGCUGGGUCACGCUCCUCCCCCAGCCCCCACUGCCCUAGCC